AUGGCUACUGUCGACCAGAAAGUCGCUUUGAUUGUCAUCGAUGGAUGGGGUGUUGCAGGCCCCAACUCCCCACCCCAGGGAGAUGCCAUCGCUGCCGCCGAGACCCCGCACAUGUCCGGCUUCGCCGAGGCCAACUCCAAGACUGCCCAGGGUUACGCUGAGCUCGAUGCCUCUUCCCUCGCCGUGGGUCUGCCCGAGGGCCUGAUGGGCAACAGUGAAGUCGGUCACCUGAACAUUGGUGCCGGCCGUGUUGUCUGGCAGGACAGUGUCCGCAUUGACCAGACCCUCAAGAAGGGUGAGAUGGGCAAGGUGCCCAGCGUGGUCGAGUCCUUCACUCGUGCCAAGGAAGGCAAUGGACGCCUGCACCUCUGCGGUCUGGUCUCAGACGGAGGUGUUCACUCCAACAUCACCCACUUGUUCGCCUUGCUCGAUGUCGCCAAGGAUAUGGAGAUCCCCGAGGUCUACAUUCACUUCUUCGCUGAUGGACACCACAGAGAUUGA